UGUUUCCCAUUUCUACAUUGGCAAGUGUCAGAUAGACAGUGUGGGGCUGUCCAUAUACAGGUACUGUCGUCUAGCCCCGUACCUGGCUGGGGUCCACACUGGCCUGUACAAACGCAUGCGCUGGAAUGUGGAGAGACCCAGAGGGGGCGAUGGAGAGGGAAAAGGGGAGACGGUUGCUAUAGGCAAUAUGGUCAAGAUGUGGUCAAUCGGUCAGUGGAUCCAAACGUAUCCUGACCCCGUGAGAGGCGACAUCAACGACUGGGUGCUGUGCUGGAUUCCUCAGGCUAGGUACCACAGGCUGUUGUGCCUGGGAGGAGAGGAGCCCUCUGCUUGCAACGCUACUGACUGCCUGCUGGGGGCGUUGUUUUCUCAACAGAGCCCAGUGGAAGGUCCCAGUCGUGAAACAACAUAA